AUGCCGCUGAAAAAGCAACCAAAGCCGAAAUCAAACCCAACCCCCAGUCAGAACCGCAAGCUGGGCCAUGAUCGCCAUCCACCUGUUGCUCCUCUCCGCGUCGGAGCCAACGACAACGACAACGGCAACGGCAGGGACAAGACCAAGGGGAAGGACAAAGGCAAGGAUAAGAAGAGGAGCAUCAUGUGGAUCGUCGCCAGAGCACGCAGAGGAGAGCAAGAAGGAGAAGAAGAAAAAGAAGAAGAAGGCUUCUCGCAGGCCCGGCUGGACCGGCUCUGGAACAGCAUGCAGCCGCUCCUGACGAAGCACGCGAGCGAGGCGGAGCUGGAGAUGAUUUUCGGGGACGCGGAUUCGUUUGUCCACGGGAACGGUGGGAGGGGCAGCUGGUGGAAGAGGAGAGAUAUCGAGGUUGGCAUACUCCCUCGUAGCAAUGCCAAAAACAUCUGGUGA